AUGUUGGAAGAUUUCCAAGGAAUAGCGGGCCGAGACCCUUGGUGGUUACAGGAAGAGGUAGGGCAGGGUAUUGUGACAUGCCUCAGGGAAGGGCAGCUUUUCCCUUGGCCCAGGGAGGCCGGGCAUUAGAGGUGCAAGGGAGCUGGACCCGACAUGGAGCCUGGGGCCCACCCCUCCGGGGCUCCACAGGACAAGAAGGAGGAGCCGCAGCAAGAGACUCAGACCCAGACCAUCCAGUGCCAGGGCCAAGUGCUGCUGCUGGGCGAGCACUGGCGGCAGAAUGAGCGCGGCCUGACCCUGCAAGACAUCCUGGAGCAGGUCCCCACCAAUGCGCCCUCCGGAACCUCGUCCACCCGAGCCACCAGCGGUCACAGCAGUUCCAGCAACAGCUCCAGGCGUUGUCUCAAGCGCUCCGGUGAGCGCUCUUCGAACGGCGCCGACUGCCCGGCCGCCAAGUGCAAGCGCUUCGCCCAGACGCUGCCGGACGACGGGCUGGAGGCUGAGGACCGGCGCCAGGGCGAGUGCGAGGCCGCUCGGGCUUCGGCCGAGACCCCCGGGUCCCGGGCGGAGGACCCGGCGCCGGGAUGCUGGGCCCCGCCGCAGCCGCCGGAGCCACCCGAGCCGGACUCGCGGCUGCUCCUGGUGCUGUGCCGCGCGUCGGCGCUGCGCUCGCGGCUGCCCCGGCUGCAGCUGCUCCUGCAGCGGGUGCACGCCCGGCACCGCCGCCCGCCCGCCGCGCUCGUGGGGAUCGUGGUGCACCCGCGGCGCGACGAGGAGGCGGAGGCGCGGCGCCGCAUGGAGACCCUGCUCUGCAGCGCCUUCGCGCCACACAGCCCCGCCGUGGAGGUGCACACGGCCGUGUUCAGUCCCAGCCGACCCGAGGGCACCCUAGACGUUCAGCUCGCCGCCAACCGAGCGCACAGGGUCCGCCUAGUGGAUCGAGGGACCCAGACUGAUGGGCCUCCGACUCGGGCGGGCUCGCGCGCCUUGUGUUCCUGUACCGCUUGCCCCGGCAGCUCUGCUUGCUGGCGUCGUCUGGGCCUGUGCCACAGCCGCAUCUUCGAUGUCCUUCUGCCUCGGGCCUGGCUGCCCAUGCCAGGGAGGGGAUUCCCAAACCUCCUCACCUUCUACAGAAGACCCACAAGGAAACAUUCCAGUCAUCGUAGUACCCGUGCUCCAAGCUCUCGGGAUUGCGGCUGUGACCCUGGGAGCCCUGGGCGCUGUCUUAUACGUCAUUGA